CUCUUCUUCCAUCGGCCCUCGCCUUCCUCCUCCCCAUCGCGACCCCCCGAAACAUUCCUCCACUCCUACCCGAGGAGAGAGAGAGAGAGAGAAGAAUCCAAUCCUCUGAUAAGAGAUUAGUGUGGGAGAGAGAGAGUCGUCGGGGGAUGAAAUUCGGGAAGGAUUUCCGGAACCACCUGGAGGAGACUCUGCCGGCGUGGAGGGACAAGUACCUCGCCUACAAGGCACUCAAGAAGCUCAUCAAGAACCUGCCGUCCCCCGAAGGCGAUGCCGCGCUUCCUCUUCCUCCUCCCCCCGCCGCCGGCGGCGGCGAGGGAGUCGGGGACGGGAGCGUCGCCCUGGGGAACUGGUUCGCCAGGAUCCUCGACAUGGAGCUCCACAAGCUCAACGAUUUCUACAUGGAGAAGGAGGAGUGGUACGUCAUCCGGCUCCAGGUGCUCAAGGAGAGGAUUGAGAGAGUCAAAGCUAAGAAGAAUGAUGCUUUUACAUCCAAGAGUGCAUUCACUGAAGAGAUGUUAGAGAUACGUAAAGAUUUUGUGAUCAUACAUGGCAAGAUGAUUCUUCUGCAAACCUACAGCUCCCUAAAUUUUGCUGGACUAGUGAAGAUACUGAAGAAGUAUGACAAGAGAACAGGCGGUCUGCUGAGCCUACCUUUCACUCAACGUGCUCGUCACCAGCCAUUUUUCACAACUGAACCUUUAACAAGGCUUGUUCGAGAAUGUGAGGCUAAUCUUGAACUCCUUUUCCCAGUCGAAGCAGAAGUACUUGAGCCUGGUUCCUCUGCAAAGCUGGAACAGCGCGACGAUGUGGCUAGACACGAUCCAACAUCAUCUUGCAAUGUGGAAACCUCAGAUGUAUACCGAAGCACACUGGCAGCAAUGAAAGCUAUACAGGGUCUUCGGAGAGCCAGCUCUACUUACAACCCCCUGUCUCUGUCUAGAUUCUUCCAUGGCGAGGACGGGGAAGCCUGUUCUGGCGCCAUCACUUCUGAGAGUUCACUUUCAGAUUCCUCGACAGACUCCCAGAUUCAAGAUGCUGAAAAGGAUGAUAAAGAGGUGCAAUCUAGGGAGCAGAAUGCUGCUCGAAGGGAGCAUAAUGCAGAAGGCCAGCCACACGAUGAAUAAUCAGUCUUCGCACACGCUAUUCAAUAAUCGUUGAUAAGUGUAAAUGGUUAGCCUUGGUUACUCGUAAUUUUUGUGAAGUAAAACAGCUGCUGAUGACUUUGCACUGGUCUCUUCCUUACCAUGAUAGACUCGUAUUUAUCAAGCUUGCUAUGAAGCAGCAAAGCGCACCCUAAAUGCCCCAGCACAAAGGUCAAUUAGCUCGAAUGAUCUUUGGACUCGCGCAAAUUGGAAUAAAAGAAACUACAUCAGAAAGGACAGUCAGUGCCGGGAAAAAAAAUAGCAUCAGAUAUGCAGAGUAUUUGUAUUUGUGUAUAGACUUAAUUUGUCACUUCAGUUCACUUUGAGCUCACAACAUUUUACACAGUUAGUAAAGAGCAGGGUGAGAGGCUGUGGGGCAGCUGCUGCUGACAUGAAUAAGUCCCUCCAACGGGGAAAAGAUUAGAACAAGAAAUACACACAUUUUUACAUUGUUAUCAGUGAUCAAAUGAAAAUCACGAUUUUCCCCGAUUGCAACCCUACAGAGCCAGUCAUCAAGCAUGAUCAUUGUUUUCUUACAUCUGAAAUUGCAGGAACCUUGGCUGGGUAGGUAGACAAGUCCACAUCGAGCAAGUCUGUGAGGUCGUAAAGUCCUCCAGGAGGGUCGACUUUGUCCUUGAUUGGAGUGGUCAUUGUUUCUUCCUGAUCUGCCUGGUUGGAUGAUACGCUUGAUGUCACUGGACUAUUUGAAGCCACCACGGCGAUGCCAGCCAACUCUACACCCUGCCCACUUGGCACGGCGCUCCCUGAAGGAUACUUUGUUUGUGCAUUGUCUCCCUCGUUGUGAUUGUAGAGCACAUAUUCGUUAUAGGUAGGCGCAAA